CUGGAGCGCCGUGACGUCCCAUGUUGCAACGGUCGCUUCGACGGUUGGUGGUGCGCUGCUGCUCAGGAGGGCUACGCCUCCGGACGCCACUACUGGGAGGUGGAGGUGGGCCAGCGGGACUGGCGCUUGGGUGUGGCCAAGGCGUCCGCCGUGAGGCGGGGUUUCCGCUCUCUCAACACAGACACGGGGUACCUGACCCUCCGUCUGGAGAGGGGCAAGGAUCUGAAGGCCUUGACGGUGCCCGCCACAUCGCUGCCUCUGACGUUGGCGCCCAGGAAAGUGGGCGUGUAUCUGGACUACGAGCAGGGCCAGUUGUCCUUCUAUAACGUCGACAAGCGGUCUCACGUGUACACCUUCAAUGACAAGUUCACAGAGGAGCUUGUCCCCAUAUUCGGGACGGUGGAGGUGCUUCAGGACCUGCUGAUCAGGUCACCCGGGGUCAAACAACGAUGCCUCUGUCCCGGACCUUGCCUCUGGAGCUAAACUAUACCACAUCAAACAGCGCUUUUGUUUAAAGUAUGAGAAUGUGGCUGGCUGUCGAUUUGCUACCUGGGCCUUGAAUAGGGACUUCGUCAACCCUAA